GAAGUUAUAUGUGAACAUAGAAAACAUAGCUGCACGCAAUUUCUUUAGUCAACAUUGUGAUAUUUUUGUACUAAUCUUCUGCAGACCAAGACUUGUAUUCGUCUUGUUGGUAUAAUUUGUCAUUUUGCAACCCUGUCAUCUUUUGUUAGAAGAAUUUUCAGAGGGCUUUCUUUAAAAUCCUGAUCAGUGGAUGCAAUAUUUUAUAGACAUUCAUACAACAAACAGGCUAUAAUACUGAUUCCAUCUGCUGCUCUGGCAAAUAUGAGUUCGGGUUCUGCUGCAGGUAUUUGUCAUUCCCCAGUUGCUUCUUGUGGUGCAUGUAGCAAUAUAGAUUGAAGUUGAAUAUUCAUUUUUAUUUAAAGCUGAAUGUUUAGUGGUGAAAGGAUUCAAACUCUGAACCCUUAAUCAAUCAGAGUCAGAUACCAUGAUAGCUAAUUGAAAGGGAUAAACGUUUAAACAUAUAAGUUUGGAUUCAGGUUGAAGUUGAAGGUUCUUCAGUUACAUGAUAGUGGGAGUUUGAUAUUGCAUACUUAUGUAAAGAAAAAUGUUGAGUUGACAUGAUCCGAACUUAGUAACCAUUAGGAAAAGCGGACUCUGAUACCAUGAAACUAGAUCCAGCUUUCAUCAUUGCAUUUGGAUUACUUAUAGGUAAUAAAAUGAAUUCAAAAACCCAAUUUGUUUAUCCUGUUCUCCUCCCGAUGUUUUCAUGCCACAUCUUGAAAUACUAUGACGCUGUAACAGAUACAAUCUCACAAGGGCAACACCUCAGUAGCUCAGAAACUAUAGUAUCAUCUGGUCAAAUGUUUGAAUUAGGAUUUUUUUACCCAGGCGAUUCAACGAAUUGCUAUGUGGCAAUUUGGUACAAGUUUGUCUCGGAACAAACAGUUGUUUGGUUAGCAAACCGAGAUUUUCCUCUCUCUGCUUCUGCAGUUCUCAGUAUUAGUUUUGAUGGCAACCUAGUGAUUAGGGAAGGCAAGAUAAUUUACAUGGUGUCAGACAUAGCAUCUAAUGCAAAUGUGAGUGCUACAUUGUUGGAUUCAGGAAAUCUUGUUGUGAGAGAUGAAAAAUCCAACGUCUUAUGGCAGAGCUUUGACUUCCCUUCUCAUACUUUCUUGCCUGGAAUGAAACUUGGAUAUGAUAGAGGGAAUAGAAAAAAUUGGUCUUAUGCCUCUUGGAAAAGUGCCAAUGACCCUAGUCGUGGAAAUUUCACCUUGGAAUUGGAUUCGAGAGAAGGGCGGAUUUUGAUCUUGAACGGUGAUGAAAUAUACUGGCGAUCUAGGCCUGGGGAAGAUUAUGCUGACGUAUUUGAUUUCCCUCCAGAAACGAGAUUGAACAAUUACAACUUUAACUUUGUUUCCGAAUUUGACAUGUCUUAUCUCACUUACGACCUCUAUAGGAAAGACAUCAUUAGUAGAUUUACUAUUGAUGCAACAGGACAGUUGAAACAAUUUGUAUGGUUAGACAAUGAGUGGAAUCUGUUCAACUCUCAACCUAGACAACUAUGCGACGUUUAUGCUUAUUGUGGAGCCAAUACGAGCUGCACCAAUGUUUCAUCACCAUAUUGCAGCUGUUUACCUGGAUUUGAACCAAGCGCACCCAAGUUUUGGGAGAAAGGAGACUAUAGAGAUGGGUGCCAAAGGAAAACUGUUUUACAAUGUGGCAAUAGCACGGGUGCAGGGGAUAGAUUUCUUAAGCUGUCUAAAGUAGUAGUGCCCAAGAAACAGCUGACUCAAAAGGUUCAGAGUAUUGAUGAAUGCAGGUCAUCAUGCUUAAGUAGUUGCUCCUGUACUGGUUUUUCUUAUAUCAAUCAAAAUUGCUCCAUCUGGAUCGGAGAUCUUAUUAAUUUGCAGCAACUUUCAGCUAAUGAUAUUUCGGGAACAGAUUUUUUUCUCAAACUCGCGGCUACUGAUUUGGAGACAGGAAAACACACACGAAGUAAGAGGAAUCGAUCAAUUAUUAUAUCGGUGACAAUUUCUGUGACAAUUCUUACUUCAGCCAUUCUCAUUUGGAUAGUGAAGAUGAAAAAGGACAAAAGAAAAGCAGGAGAGAAUCUGUUGUCAUUUGAACUAAGUAUUAGCCCAGCACUUAUGGAAAAUGAACAACCUGUGGUAAAACGACAACAAAAACAUAAGAAGGAAGUGGAGAUUCCACUAUUCAGUUUUUCAAGCGUGUCUGCUGCUACCGAUAACUUCUCCGUCUCAAAUAAGCUUGGAGAGGGUGGUUUUGGACCUGUAUACAAGGGAAAAUUACUAAAAGGGAAUGAAGUAGCAGUAAAAAGGCUCUCAAGAAAGUCUGGACAAGGUUGGGAUGAGUUAAAAAAUGAGGCAAUGCUCAUAGCCAAACUCCAACACAAGAAUCUUGUGAAACUUCUUGGUUGCUGCAUUGAAGGAGAUGAAAAGAUUCUUGUCUAUGAGUAUUUGCCCAAUAAGAGCUUAGACUUUUUCCUCUUUGAUACCAAAAAUAUUUUUACACUAGCUUGGAGAACUCGUGUUCGAAUCAUUGAAGGGAUUGCUCAAGGUCUUCUUUACCUACAUCAAUUUUCCAGGCUACAAAUUAUCCACAGGGAUUUGAAGGCCAGCAACAUUUUGUUGGAUGAAGACAUGAACCCAAAAAUUUCAGACUUUGGGUUGGCAAGAAUUUUGGGAGGCAGUGAACCACGAGCAACUGAUCGAAUUGUCGGUACUUAUGGCUACAUGGCUCCCGAGUAUGCCUUUGAAGGUGUCUUCUCAGUGAAAUCAGAUGUCUUCAGCUUCGGAGUUUUGUUGUUAGAGAUUUUAAGUGGCAAGAAGAACACUGGUUUCUAUCAGAGCAAUUCUCUUAAUCUUCUAGGAUAUUCAUGGGAUCUUUGGACAAGCAGUAGGCCUCUGGAGUUGAUGGAUUUGGUAAUGCAAGAUAGUUCUUCUGCCAAUGCAGCAAUUAGAUACAUUAACAUUGCACUUCUCUGUGUUCAAGAACGUCCAGCAGACAGACCAACUAUGUCUGAUGUUGUCUUGAUGCUGAGUAAUGAACUUACCUUCUUACCUUCUCCGGCUCUACCAGCUUUCUCAAAUGUCAGAAGUAUGGUUGAUCCAAUCCGAAAUUCAAGUCCGAGCAAGCCAGAGAUCUGCUCUGAAAACAAACUAACAAUCUCAGUUUUGGAUGAAUUUGUUGCUAUCUGGUGGCUAUUCUUGUCCAAAUCUGAUAGUAUUUCAGUCUUGAAAGGUUCAGUGAAAACUCAAGUGGAAAUAACAAUCAACUUGCAAGGAGAGCCAGGAGAGAAUUUGUUUAGAAGAAAACUAGACUUUAAAAUGGAGAGGGCUCUUAUAUUCGCUUUGUUCUGCUCUUUAGUAAUUUUGUCACUCCUGGAAUUGUCAGAGGAAGCUGAUAUUUUAACUGUUGAAGGAUCUGUGAGUGAUGGUGAGACACUGGUUUCCCCAUCCCAAACCUUUGAACUAGGCUUCUUCUCACCAGGAAACUCCAAAAACAGAUACCUGGGUAUAUGGUUCCAGAACAGCCCUGGAGCAGUUGUUUGGGUUGCUAACAGAAACAACCCAAUUGCUGAUGGGAAAGGGGUUUUAACUGUAAGUGACAGUGGAAAUCUUGUCCUUCUGAACCAGACAAGGAAUGUCAUAUGGUCUUCCAAUUUGUCUGGGCCAGCAGAAAAUCCUGUGGCGCAGCUCUUAGAUACAGGAAACCUUGUUCUCAGGGAGAACAAAAGCAUGACCCAAAGCUAUUUGUGGCAAAGCUUUGAUUACCCAUCUGACACACUUUUGGCAGGCAUGAAAAUAGGAUGGAACUUAAAGACUGGUGAGGAAAGAUUUUUGUCAUCAUGGAAAAGUGCUGAAGAUCCAUCUCCUGGAAGCUUCACCUACAGAAUUGACAUAAAUGGGUUACCUCAGUUAGUCAUAGAAAGAGGAUUAAUGACAAAUUACCGUACAGGACCAUGGAAUGGAAUUGGAUUUGGAGCUGUUCCAGCAGUCCCAAAUUUAGUCUUCAAACCGAUUGUCAUCUCUAAUGAGAACGAGGUAUAUUAUAUUUAUGAAGCUGUCAGCAUUGCAAUUACCAUGCGAUUAUGGUUGAAUCAGUCAGGUUAUUUACAGCGUCUUAUAUUGAAUCAAGGGAGCAAUGAAUGGGAUGCUUUGUACUCAGCUCCAUUUGAUCAAUGUGACAGCUAUGGACUCUGUGGUGCUAAUAGUAUAUGCAGCAGUAGGAGAUCAGAUACCUGUGAGUGUUUAACAGGUUUCAUCCCCAAAUCACAAGAAGGAAAAGGAACAAAUAAGUCAUUGUCUACGAACUGUGUAAGAGAAUCAUCACUAGACUGUCGAAAGGGAGAAGGAUUUCUAAGGCUUGUGGGGGUUAAAGUACCGGAUUUGUUAAAAGUUCAGUUGAAUAAAAGUAUGAGCCUCAAGAAGUGUGAGGCUGAAUGCUUGAAGAACUGUUCUUGUACAGCUUAUGCUAAUAUGAAUACGAGUGAAGGAGGCAGCAGCUGUUUGAUGUGGUUUGGUGACCUCAUGGAUAUCAGAGAAGUUUCAGAAAUGUACAGAGGAGAAGAUGUCUAUGUAAGACUGUUGGCUUCAAAUCUUGGUAUGUACCACUUUCUCAAAACACUGCCCCUAUUAAUAAUCCAGUUUCUUGACACCAGUGGCGGAUUAAGAUUUUUUGGUUAUCUUGGGCCUGGUAUUCUGCAUAAUUUGGAAGAAAUCAAAGAAAAGAGACUGGAAGGUGGGAAAGACGAAGCAGAAGUGCCCCUGUUCGACUUGUCAACCAUAGAAAGUGCCACUAAUAAUUUCUCUUAUGCCAAUUUCAUUGGAGAGGGUGGCUUUGGCCCUGUUUACAUGGGAAAUCUUCCAACAGGGCAGGAAAUAGCAGUUAAGAGGCUGUCAAAGGACUCAGAACAGGGUGUUGAGCAAUUUAGGAAUGAAGUAGUUUUGAUAGCCAAACUCCAACACAGGAAUCUUGUUGGACUGCUGGGUUGCUGCAUUCAAGGAAAUGAAAGGAUGUUAAUCUAUGAGUUUAUGCCCAACAAAAGCUUGAAUUACUUUAUCUUUGAUCAUAAUAGAAGAGCUCAACUAUCAUGGCAAAAGCUGUUUGAUAUCAUUCUAGGGAUCGCAAGAGGGCUACUCUAUCUCCACCAAGAUUCUAAACUUCAAAUUAUUCACAGGGAUCUCAAAGCAAGCAAUAUUUUACUAGACAGCAAUCUGACCCCUAAAAUUUCAGAUUUUGGCUUGGCAAGAAUUUUUGGUGGCAAUGAUGAGGAAACGAAAACAAAGACAGUUGUUGGAACAUAUGGUUACAUGGCUCCUGAGUAUGCAAUUGAUGGAACAUUUUCAGUCAAAUCUGAUGUUUUCAGCUUUGGUGUGCUUAUGUUAGAAAUAGUAAGUGGUAAGAAGAAUAGAGGAUACAAUCAUUCUGAUCACCGCUACAAUCUUCUAGGUCAUGCAUGGUUGCUUUGGAAUGAAGAUAGAGCUUUGCAACUGAUGGACACAAGCCUGGAAGAAUCAUGUGUUAGGUCUGAAGUGGUCAGAGUUAUCCAGGUUGGUUUAUUGUGUGUUCAAGAAUUCCCAGAAGACAGGCCACCAAUUUCAUCUGUUAUUUUCAAGCUGACAAAUGAAGAAGCAACAUUGCCUCAACCUAAACAACCUGGUUUCUUCAUACAAAGGAAAAGCUGCAACAGUUUUAGUGCUACAACUACAAGUAAAGAAGAAUCAAUUACAGAAAAUGCAGUUUCCAUAACCAUGCUAGAAGCUAGAUAA